UUGAAGCCACGCCCACAGCCCGGUGGUUUCCCUCCACUGCGAAUGUGAUUUCCAGGAUCGCCAUGUUGAUGUUUUGAUGAUCGCAGACGGCAGCCAUGGCGAGGCGACCUACAUAGCGCGUUCAGCAACAAGUGCGCCGGGGUUUCACGACCAUGGCUGACUUCAGGCCGGACGAGAAUCUGACCAAUGGAGUGGAUGUCCAGUGGGUCAGCAAACCAUGGGUCCGAAACCUGCUCCGAGGCUGUGCCCUGCUGAGCGUUGCAUCUGUGAGUAUGAACACACCUGCGACCUUCCAGCAGCUGCCCCAGCUGUGUUUCUUGACCUUCGUGCUGGACAUCGUGCUGACUCUGCUGUACACAACAGAGAUGAUGGGCAAAAUGCACUUCAGGGGGGUCAUGAAGGGUGACAAUCCAUACCUGAGGGACCACUGGUGUCUGUUUGAUGCCACCAUGGUGCUGUGUCUUUGGGUGUCUGUUGUUCUACAGGUGUUUGAGCUAUCAGGUUAUGUAGAGGAGUUCACUGCCCUCAGUAUCCUGCGUGCUCCCCGACCACUCAUCAUGAUCCGUACCUUCCGUAUCUACCUGAAGUUUCAGCUGCCGAGAGCCAGGAUAACCACCAUUGUCAAGAAGUCCAGUGGCCAGAUCUGGAGUGUGAGUAUCUUCCUGCUGUUCUUCCUGUCCCUGUAUGGGAUCCUGGGAGUCCAGCUGUUUGGGGAGCUGAAGUAUCACUGUGUCACCAACGGGACAGAGCCAGGCUCUGUGACCCUGGAGUCGUUGGCUGUUCCAGACACCUACUGCUCCCCCCACCCCGGCAGCGGCUACUCCUGUCCCGAGGGGAUGGAGUGUGUGGACAUCCAGCUCAAACGGUCACAGAGGGGGUACAGCGGAUUUGACGAGUUUGGUUCCAGUGUGUUCACCGUGUACAAUGCAGCCUCCCAGGAGGGCUGGGUGUUCAUCAUGUACAAGACCAUCGACAGCUUCCCCGAGUGGAGAUCUGUCUACUUCUUCUCUAUGAUCUUCUUUCUUGCUUGGCUUGUGAAGAAUGUUUUCAUCGCUGUGAUAGUGGAGACGUUUGCAGACAUCAGGGUUCAGUUUAAGGAGAUGUGGCAGUUCAGGGGGAGUCCUACUACUUCAGCAGGGACUAAGAUUGUCCAGGAGGAUGGAACAGGCUGGCAGCUGGUUGCUCUGAAUACCAGAUGUCCAAGAGGUCUGGCACCACAGGUGUGUCAGUACAUCCUCGGCACAGGAGACUAUGAGAGAUACCGCAAGCUGAUCUAUGCUAUUGAGGUGGGGUUUACAGUGCUGUUUGACCUGGAGGUGGUGUUUAAGGUGUGGUGCCUCGGUCUCCAUGGUUACUGGAAACGAUCGCUGCACAAGUUUGAGCUGAUCCUGGCAGUAGGGACAACCCUGCACAUCCUACCUGUGUUCUACUGCUCUCAACUCACUUACUUCCAGGUACUCCGUGUGGUAAGACUGAUCAAGGCCUCGCCUAGUUUGGAAGACUUCUGCUAUAAGAUAUUUGGUCCAGGGAAGAAGCUGGGUAGUCUGGUGCUGUUCACCAUGAGUCUGCUAGUGGUGGCCUCUGCCGUCAGUCUGCAACUCUUCUGUUUCAUACCAUCACUCAAGGCCUUCACUACAUUCCCUGCUGCCCUGAUGUCCAUGUUCCAGAUUCUAACACAGGAGGGUUGGGUGGAGGUCAUGGACCAUACCAUGUGGGCCGUGGGGGAGACAUACGCCCCACUGGUUGCAGUCUACUUCAUUCUGUACCACAUGUUCACUGCAGUGAUUGUGGUGAGUUUGUUUGUAGCAGUUAUUCUGGACAACCUGGAGUUGGAUGAAGACCUCAAGAAACUCAAACAGCUGAAGGCGAGAGAAGAAGUUGCAACAAAGCAGAAACUUCCUCUACGGCUUCGAGUAUUCGAGAAGUUCCCGAACAAGCCUCACAUGAUCAAACCAUCCAGGCUGCCUGCUGACUUCCCUCUGCCAAAAAUCAGGGAGAGUUUCAUGAAACAGUUUCUUGAGUGGACAGUUACUGUGAGAAUGAUGCUGAGGAAAAGAUCCACAGCUCAGGACACCAAGGGCCUACUGUCUCAGGCCAAGAAGGAUAAGCUAGGACAUGGAAAGUUGCUGUCCAGCCCUGUCCAGCCCAAGACUGUCAACAUGAUAGAGAAGAAGGACAGGGUCACAGAAGAAAUCAGGGAGUGUAACGAGAUAAAGCAGUCGUCAGGCUUGACUAUGCCACUGGCCUCCACUAGUCCUAGUCUCCUGGGAAUACAGCACCAAAUAAGGGCUGACAGAAAGUCUUUGCGCCACAAUACCAACAAGGACAACAAGAAGGCACUAGAAAGAAUGAAGGACACUAGCCAGGAUAACCCUCCAACCCUUGGGUACCGCAGAGAUGCCAAGGAGAUGAAUAUCAAACUGUUACAUCAGAAGAGACAACAGGCUGAGCUCAAGAGGAAAGUCCAAGAAGAGGAACUGAGGGAGAACCAUCCCUACUUUGACACACCUCUGUUCUUCUUUUCGGAAAACUCCAAGUUAAGACUCAUCUGCAAAGCCAUUGUGUAUGCACGAUAUUCCAAGACUGUCUCAACCAAGGGUGGACUGUUGACCAACAGAAUACAUAAACUGCUGGGUAUUGUGCCCUACAUAGACUGGGUAAUGAUCAUCAUCACGAUCUUGUCCUGUGUGUCAAUGAUGUUUGAGACUCCGAAACAUCGCAUCUCCAACACACCAUCCUUACAGAUUGCUGAGUACACAUUUGUGGUCAGCAUGAGUGUGGAACUGCUGCUGAAGAUCCUGGCUGAUGGGAUGUUCUUCACACCAAAAGCUCUGAUCAGAGACUUUGGAGGAGUCCUGGAUAUUUUCAUCUACCUGGUGAGUUUGAUCCUACUGUGCUGGCUGCCGACAAGUGUUCCACCUCGCUCUGGAGCUCAGCUGCUGCUGAUAUUCCGUUGCCUGCGUCCGGUGAGAAUUUUCCGGCUGGUGCCACACAUGAGGCGUGUCGUCAUGGAGCUUCUCAAGAGCUGGAAGGAGGUGGCCAUGGUGUCCAUCCUGUUGCUGGUGCUGAUGUUUGUAUUUGCCAGUUUUGGGGUACAGCUGUUUGCUGGGAAGCUGGCCAGGUGUAACGAUCCCACUAUCACUGUCAAGGAAAAAUGUGUUGGAGCAUUCUGGAGAAAAAUGCAUGUAACCAAGUUGCCCAUUGGUCAGAUGGACAAUCAUGACCACGCUCCAAAAAUGCUGGUGCCGAGAGUUUGGGCCAAUCCCAGAAACUUUAACUUUGACAACAUUGCCAAUGCCAUGCUGGCUCUGUUUGAGGUCCUGUCAUUGGAGGGUUGGCUGGAGGUCAGGGAUAUCAUGGUGAAACAAGUCGGACCAUACCAUGGAAUCUACAUCCAUGUGUUUGUAUUCCUGGGCUGCAUGAUCGGUCUCACUCUGUUUGUGGGAGUCGUCAUCGCAAACUUCUAUGAGAACAAGGGCUCUGCUCUGCUUACUGUGGAACAGAGACGUUGGGUGGACCUCAAGAAGCGUCUGAAGAUUGCUCAACCUCUGCACCUUCCUCCAAGACCAGAUGGUAACGGACUGCGUGGAAAACUGUACGACAUUACCCAGAAUGCUGUGUUCAAGAGGUUCAUUGCCCUGCUGGUCUUGGCCAAUUGCAGCCUCUUGUCUGUCAAGUGGCGUGUCAAUGCAGACAGCACCAUUCCAUUGGCCACAACUUCUGUAGUUUUCACUACACUGUUUCUGCUGGAGGUUGUGAUGAAGAUCAUCGCCAUGGGUCUGCCUGGUUACUGGCAGAGUCGGCGGAACCGUUACGACAUGUUUGUCACCACCCUGGGGGUCGUCUGGAUGGCCAUGCACUUCUCUCUACAGGAUGAGUACAGUAACACUAUGGGAGCUGUGGUCAUCAUGCUGAGGUUCUUCUCUAUCACUGGCAAACAUGCCACCCUGAAGAUGCUGCUACUGACUGUAGUGGUGAGCAUGUUGAAGAGUUUCUUCAUCAUAGCCGGCAUGUUCCUGCUGAUGCUGAGUUACUCCCUGGCAGGCGUGGUUCUGUUCGGCAGUGUGAAGUACGGAGAGAACCUAAGCAGACAUGCCAACUUCUCCACUGCACCGAAGGCUCUGUCUGUGCUGUUCCGUAUGAUCACUGGAGAGGACUGGAACAAAAUUAUGCACGACUGUAUGAUCAGCCCUCCAAUCUGCACAGUUGGCAGGAACUACUGGGAGACGGACUGUGGCAACUCCACAGCUGCUCUACUGUUCUUCUGUUCCUUCUACAUCAUCAUCGCAUACAUCAUGCUCAACCUGCUUGUAGCUAUCAUCCUGGAGAACUUCUCCCUGUUCUACUCCGGAGAGGAGGAUGCUCUCAUCAGCUACAGUGACCUGCACAACUUCCAGAUCACUUGGAGUAUGGUGGAUAACAACAGACGGGGUGUCCUCCCAGUGCGCAAGGUCAAGUUUGUUCUACGGCUUCUCAGGGGUCGGCAGGAGGUCGACCUUGAGAAAGAUAAGCUGCUGUUUAAACACAUGAUCCAUGAGCUGGAGCGGCUGCACAGUGGGGAGGACGUCACCUUUCAUGAAGUUCUCAUUAUGCUAGCCUACCGAUCAGUGGACAUCUCCAAGUGUCUGCAGUUAGAGGAGCUGCUGGCCAGGGAGGAGCUGGAGUAUGUUAUAGAGGAGGAGGUCGCCAAACAGACCAUCCGCAGCUGGCUAGACAAGUGUCUUAAGAGGUCCAGAAUGAAAGCCCAGCAGCAGUCCAACAUGAUCUCCAUGCUGCGAGCCAACCAAUGGGAGGACAUGAAGGCCCUGCUCAGCCCCACGUCUCCCGUUCCAUCCGACCAGCCGAUCUCACGCGCCGCAUCGGAAGAGAUGUCGCCACGGGAGAUGGACAUCCUGGCGCGGAAGGCUUCAGGAGGGAGUCCUCUCAUGUUUCAUGAGGCAUGGGAUGAUCAUCAGGAGGGUGACAAGCAGAGGUGUUUGUCCCAGGGCAGGCGUAUAACUCCAGUGGGUGGAGGCUUGGUCCACAGAACAUCAGCCAUCCACCCUCGCAUCAGCCUGGGGCACAGACCAACCGUCACGCGAAGGGCGCCAUUCUACGCUACAUCAGCCAUCGUGUCAGAGGUCACAGACUGGUGGAAAAACACUCACAGUCAGAAGUAAUGUUUAGCCCUCAACCAGCCAAAUAUGAUCUAAUCUACAGCAGCGAAUGUGCCAGACGCCACCAACUGGUGGUCUUACAUUACAAAUUGUUAUUUUCCUAGAACUAUGAUUGUAGAGUGGAAUUUGUUGCCAUCAAGUACUGGAAUACUCAUUAGAUAGCUUUAAGCAACGCUUUCAUGUGCAAAGUUUAGUUGUGACCGGUCCUCCAGUAUAAUAUAAACAGCUUUCACCGUGCCUCGUGCUUGCAUCUUACACCGAAGAGCGGUUAUUUAUACCGGCUAUGCUGAGAUACAGAAUACAGAGAUACAGAUGCAUUCAGACAGAAAACUGAAAUUAUUUCAGACAUUAUGAUUGACAUUAAUUACUCUUAUUCAUCAUGAAAGAGUUAGCUAACAGAGCAAGUCAAACAUUUUCCUAAAGCUUAUAUAGCUUAAGAAGUAAUUGCUAGGUCUUGAUUAUAUAUUACUGUGAGUAAGAGCAUUAAAAGAUGCUGGACAUCAGAAGGACAUAAAGGUCAAUAAAGUACAUGUGGUAUUCAUAUUCUUAGCAUUUUAUUAUGUUCCAAUUAUUCAAGAAUGAUGUAUAGUGAUUACUUGGGAAUAUUUAAUAUUGUGCAGUGUAUUUCUCAGUCUUGGAAGUAUUAUGUACAUUCUAUUCCUACAAUUGUGAUUUGUGAUCAGUAACUUACUGAUGGCAUAGCUUUGACUCAAGUUGUGUUGUAACCUUUGUGAUAUACAUGACUGUAUAUGUUUGGGUACACUUUUUGUAUUGCAUAGACACAGUGAUGUUACAAUUACUCUGCAUGUACACAGUACAAUGUGUAAUUUGACAUUUGCACUCAUUUCUGAAUACUGUACAUGUGUUACCUCAUGGUUUAGUAGAAUUGAAGCUGAUCUGAUCCUAUUUGACUGAUAGUAUAAAUUCUAAGACUAAUAGUGUACUCUUUCUAUUGAUUACAAUAAUAACUGUAUUGUUCAACAUAUUGUAUGUGACACAAAGUAUGAUAACAUGUUCAACAACUAAAGGAAAGUUAUGUCAAACACAGAUAGCAGAAGACUAUUACUUCAUGCACAUUCCUUCAUAUCAACAUGUAUUAGACCAGGCGACUGUAGUUGAAUCAACAGGAAAGGGGCAGUGUUCUUUGAAGACUGAUUCCUGGAUUCAGGCAUUCAUGUCAAAGUCGAACUGUUUUAUUAUCAGCCAAAUGGAUGAUCUGUCUCGAAAGACAGUGCACUCAGGGCAAGGUAGAAGCCAGAUAGACAGCAGCAUGGGCAAAGAUAUGCAGAAAGCUAUUUAAGUUACAAGGAAGGGAAGUUUCCUGA